AUGCAGAUCCUCACGCAACUGCCGCUCCGCAUCCUGACGCACAAUAUCCGAUACGCGACAACCUCGCUUUUCGAAGGAGAGCGGCCGUGGGCGGAGCGCAAACAGCCCCUACUCAAUGAAAUUCUCUACAAUACUCGAAAUUUAGACGCAUUCAUAUGUCUGCAGGAAGUGCUACAUUCACAACUGAUCGAUAUCCUCUCCGAGUUGAAUCAGGAUUCUCAGCAACAGAAACCGUGGGCAUACAUUGGUGUGGGAAGGGAUAACGGAGAAAAAGCCGGUGAAUAUUCACCCAUAUUCUAUCGUCCUGCAGUCUGGCAGCCCCAACACUGGGAAACUGUCUGGCUUUCAGAGACACCGACCAUUCCCUCCAAAGGCUGGGAUGCCUCGUCGAUUCGUAUUGUCACGGUCGGUAUUUUCACCCACCGCGUCAGUCAGCGGACAAUCCUCUCAAUGAACACCCAUCUGGAUGACCAGGGGUCACGUUCGCGCUUUCAGGCAGCACAUAUAAUCCUCCAGAAAAUUCGCGAGUACAAGGAAGGCGAAUGGGGAAACAUCAUCUCGGGCAUCUUCCUGACAGGAGACCUGAACAGUGAGGAGUAUCAAGAGGCUUAUCAGGUACUAACCGCAGCCGAUUCUCCUGUAGUUGACAUAGCCAAACUGGUGGAUGUUAAAGAACAUUAUGGCGACUGGAUCACUUGGACCGGUUUUGGUCAUGAACCGGAACCGCCUUCACGUUUAGACUAUAUAUUUUUGGACGGUGGUCACUCGCCAUGGAAGGUCCAAGGGUAUGCCGUGCUACCCAAUCGAUUUGAGGAUGGAAUAUAUAAUUCGGACCAUCGUGCUGUCGUUGCGGAUGUUGUCUUGAGUUAG